GCCCAUGGGGAGCUUUCACUGUUCUGCACUAGCUAUUUGCCACUCGGCUCUAUACCGCGACAGGUGUGUUAUCUGGCCAGGUGAUAAGCACCCUUGCCAAGCGACCUUCUGCCGAGACCGAGCUUCUUUUCCUCCUCCUCCUCCACCUUUCUCCGCCCGGAGAAGAGGGUGUCUCCCCCUCCCCCUCGAGAGGCGUCCGCGCGGGGGACGAUGAUGGAGGACGAGCGCGGUGACCGGUGAAGGAGGGAAGAGUGAAGGCAGCCACCGUGCAAGCUAUCCGGAACAACGAAGAUGAGAUGGGAUGCCGCUCUAUAUCUACUCUCGCUGCUGCUCUUCUCGUUGGCCAAUCUGUGUUGGGCUCUCGUCGAAACGCGAGGAUGCAAUCGCACUAUCAGAAAUUCCGUUGGAUGGAUACGUUGGACAGGACGAAUGGGACGAUGCAUUGUUCGCAUCAGAGCGCCUCCUAGAGAUCCUCAGGUGAUCGAGUUGAAAGUUAGGAAACUGCAAGUUGGUUUCCUGAAAGAAACCAGAUGCGAGGGUGCUUACAUUCAAUUUUCCGAUGGUAGCGAGGACCUUGAAGAUGAAACGGGACGUUACUGCGGCUAUGUAAGCGGCAACACGACCAGACUGUUCCUGAGAAAGGGACCCAAUUUGACGAUCAUAAUGGACUCGGACGUGAGGUUCGCAGCCGAGAAUCCCGUGAUAUUCUCCGCCCAGUUCUCCAUACUUCCCGCCCAGCUCGCGUCCGAGCGUCACCGCGGCUUCUCCCCGUCCCCCUCGUCCGAGUGUCCCCUCGAGUGCGCCGUGAGGAACGAGCGAAGAUCCUGCAAAUUGUCCUCGCCCGGCUACCCGGGCGUCUACCCCCGCGGGAUCAAGUGCAGGAUAGGGUUGGAGUCGGGCGCCGGCCGAUUCAAGAUCGGCGGCCAACCGGACGACACUUACGAUCUGAUGAAUCGCACGUGGCAGGAGGGUUGCCAGACCGAGAAUUGCGAGGACCACGUGGAGGGGAUGGUCGCGGAAUUGCGGAGGGCGAGGGUCGAGCCGGGGGACGCGGGGAGGCGCGGGAAGAGGAGCCCGGAGGACCGCGAGGAGGAGGUGGAGUUUAUCAUCGGGCAGACGUCGUACAGGGGGGGUAGGAAUGGUCGGAGGAGGCUUAAGAAGGGGAGGAAGGAUGCCGGGAGCGAGGAUAUCCGGAGAGGAAACAUCGGCCGGGCGAGGGGGUGGGGAGGGAGGAGAGUCGUUGGCCGGUUAUCGGGGGGGCCAGGGGAUCAGGUGGCGGGGGGAGAAGGGGGGAGGAAGAAGCGGGUCCGUCACCCGCAGCGAGUGGUGCGCAAGAAGUCGAUGGACUCGAUAAGGAGGAAUAUAUCGCCCGAUACGGGGGAUAUAUCGGACGCGAGGAUACGGAGCGACGGGAUGGGGGGGCAGGCGGAGAUCGCGAGGAAAGGGUCGAGCAAGGAGAAGAUCAACGCGUUGCAGGUCGUUCCCGAGUAUCGACACGGAAAGAAGGGUCGAGGAACGGACAAGUUGGGCAGCACCAGUUGCGUGGGCGAUUAUCUGACACUGUUGGAGAACGUGGACGGGAAGAUGUUGGAGAUCUCCAAGUUUUGCGGGGAGGGACAGGUGCCGCGGAUACUUUCUAGAGGAAGGAGCAUCGUGGUCGAGUUCUUCGCCGAGAAGGACGGGACCGUGAUGCACGACGGUUUCCAGUUGUCGUUCCAGGAAACCGAGGAGGGGCACGCGUUGAUGACAGGCGUUGAUCAGAAUUGCGAGUUCGUGUACAGGAGCAGCGAGAGGACGAGGGAGAAUAUCAAGUCGUUGCAGAGCUGGUAUCCGCCCAAUACUUUGUGCAGUUACAAAUUCGUGGGAAGAUCGUCGGAGAGGAUCUACGUCCAUAUGAAGAUAAUCAGGAACGAGCCGGGCCAGGAGUACACGCCCCAGAGACGGAACUUUAGUCUGAAUUAUUGCUCUGGAAACGAGAUCGCGGUUUACAAUGGGAUCGAGGUGAACAACAGCAUCUUGAUGUGGUCUUACUGCGACGUGUCCCACCAGGACAUCAAUAACAUACAAGUCCCCCUCACGUCGAGCGGCAACGAGCUGUUGAUACAAUAUUACAGCGCGAAGGGGUCGUACGACGGGCAAGAGUUCACUUACACGAUAUCGUACAGGUUCGUGAAGAAGGCGCAAAAUUCAACGAGCAGACGGCAGAUACAGGACGAUUUCAAGUUGAUCUCUCUAAGGCCGGUAAACUUUUCGGCGUUGAAUUUGAACGAGAGCGAGAAUUGCAACUGCGAUUUCGGGGACAGGAUCGGCAGUUUCAAAAACUGGUUCAUGGUUCUCGUCGUAUUGGGGAUAGUCUCGUUCCUUGGCGCCGUACUCACCAUAAUAGCGCUACUAGCCAAAUGCAUCAAGAUGAGAUCGAUGGAGAAGAAAUUGUUACAGACACCGAAACUGUGAACAAUAUUUUCUACGAUUUUUUUUGUAAUUCUCUGAAACGAAUAAAAAGGAUUCUUUUCUUUUUUUUAUGUAAA